AUAAUAAUGGGUAUCAUCACAAAUUUACUUAUUUUGCAGUUGUAAUAAGGGCGAAGUGGUAUGAGGAAGGGAUAAAGUAGGAUUAUUAGAGUAGCAUUUAACUGUUGUUCUGUUUUGCCUCCUGGCUUAUAAAGCCCACCUCGCCUUCCAAAUCGGCUCCCACAAUUACUCCAUUUUCCAUUCUUUGAGGCUAAAGCAACCAUGUCGGCAACUCCAACCCAGAAAUCCUCCAACGUCAACCAGGGGGAACUCCAAAAAGUCUUCAACCAGUUCGACGCCAACAGGGACGGCAAGAUCUCGAUGACGGAGCUCCGCGAUGUGUUGAAAUCAAUGGGCUCCAGCAUCACUGAGGAAGAACUCAAACGUGUCUUGGAAGACAUCGACACCGACAAAGACGGCUUCAUCAACCUCUCCGAGUUCUCCUCUCUCUUCCGGUCUUCAUCCGAUGAAGUCACCGCCGCCUUGGAGCUGCGCGACGCCUUCGAUUUGUACGACCAGGACAAGAACGGCCUGAUUUCGACGAGCGAGUUGCACCUGGUUCUGAAUCAGCUAGGGAUGAAGUGUUCGGUUGAUGAUUGUGCUAGGAUGAUCAAGUCCGUAGAUUCAGACGGUGAUGGCAAUGUCAAUUUCGAGGAGUUCCAGAAGAUGAUGAGUGCUUCCUUGGCGGCUAAUGGCAAAGGAUCUAAGCCGUAGGAUUCAAAAAAUUUUAAUUGAUUGAAAGAAAGGUAAGGCUUAGGCUUAGGCCCUUAGGGUUGUGUUGUUUGUGUUUUGUUUCUUCAUAAAUAAUUUCUUCAAACAUAUGAAAUUGCCGUCUUGUUGGAUUAUUCUCAACUUCAUGGAAUCAAUCAAAAAAUUGAUUACGCUUACAAUUA